CCAUCUCUCUCUCUCUCUCAGGAGAGGACGCAGAAUGACCACUUGCAGAGUUGUUCUCGGCACCGGCAGAGGAGGAGGAGAGAAGUGGAGAGAAGAGAAGAGAAGUGGAGAGAAGAGAAGAAGAGAAGAAGAGGAGAAGAGGAGUCGUCGCUCGGUGUCGGAGGUGGUGAUCCAGUGUGCACUUCACUUCCCUCCCGCGGCUGUGGGAUAAAGCGGCUCCCGCGGCUCCUCACCUGAAGUGUUCUUACCCUCCGAGGGAACACCACCUGACAGACUGAGGCAAAACAAAGAUCGCAUAUAUAUCUAUAUAUAUACAGUAUAUAGAUAUUUAUAUUUCUAUAUAUUCACACAUAAAGCUGGGGGAACCAUGGAGGUCUCCGCUACUUCAAGGAAACUUAGCCUGCUCUCAGUCACCUUCCUGUGGGGGCUCUCAGGCGCGCUGGCCCAGAUCCAGAUGCCCCAGCCCAGUAUUGACGUGAUCAAGGGUCAGAUGGUGGUGCUGAAGGCCUCGUACAGCACGGCGCCCGGCAGCGACCUGAGCACCAACACCAUUCUGUGGAACUUUGUCUCCAACAAGAGCAAGCUGAUCAUCUCCUACACCAAAGGCUCCAUGAGCGUGGGGAGCUCCCAGUAUGCGGGCCGGGUGGGUUUCUCCGCCAGCAUGCCCUCACGCGACGUGUCGCUGUACAUCAACAACACCCAGGAGUCGGACUCGGGGAGCUACCUCUGCCAGAUCAUCAUCCCCGGCGAACCCGGCCUCACUGCGCAGCUCAGUCUGGAUGUGAAGGUCCCUCCUGCGGUCCCCAAGUGCUCUUUAUCAGGGAAGCCGGUGCUGAAGGGAAAUGUGACUCUGAGCUGCACGUCCAGCUCUGGGAAGCCCGUUCCUCUGUACAAGUGGAAGAAAAACAGUCCCACGUCGGAGGUCUUCUUCUCUCCCAUGCUCAAUGAGAAGACGGGCACCCUGAAGCUGGGCAACCUGAGCAGUAACAUGUCUGGGAAGUACGUGUGCACAGCCAGUAACUCCGCCGGCUCGGAGACCUGCUUCAUCAACCUGGACGUCGUCUCCUCCACCAAUGCGGGGAUGAUCGCUGGCGCCACCGUGGGCUCAGUGGUCGGCUUCAUCUUCCUCCUCGUCAUCUGCCUCUUUUUCCUGGCGAGGAGGCGACGGGACAGCGAGGACGACAUAGCCAACGAGAUCAAGGAGGAUGCUCAGGCCCCCAAGCGCGUGUCCUGGGCCAAGAGUGGCAUGGGAUCAGACAUCAUCUCCAAGAACGGCACUCUGUCCUCCAUCGCCUCCAGCCCGCACCACAAGGAGCCCUCCAACCACCACCUGCAGCAGUACCCCCAGCGCCCGCCCUCAGACACCGCCUCCAUCAUCACCGCCACCGGCAGCAUGGCCGGCUACCGGCCCUCCCGCCACCACGGCGCCUCCACCCCCACCCACUUCGGCUACAACAACAACACCACCCUGCCUCGUGGACAGGCCGUCUCCUCCGAGGCCAACGGGGGCUCCCCACCCAGACCGGAGCGCUACACCCAGCUGCCCCAGGCGCAGGCGCUGCCACAGACCUACAGCCAGCCUCAGCUGCGGCUCCAGGCCGCUCCCUCCCCGCCACCGCUGCCCUCCGGCGUGACCGCCUCUAACAUCGCCCGUAUGGGAGGGGUGCCCAUCAUGGUGCCCGCACAGAACCAGGCCGGAUCUCUUGUCUAACAAACAGUGCUGUUGACGCGGAGUUCUUCCCUUUCCUCUCUCAGAAAGGGCCUGAUCAGUUAUUAAAGGGAACGCUUUCUUCACUGCAACUUAGCAAAGAAUUAUAGUAGAUGAAGGUUCACAGAAGCUUUCAAUGGCAAAAUCGACUGUUUACUUGCUCCAAGUAUACUUACAUCUUUUAUAUUCUGUAUGCACUGUAUGCUGCACAUUGAAAACUGUGUACAGACAUGAUUUUCAUACAUUCGUCCAGUGUCCUCUUUUUCUACUCUACUAACGCAUUUCAAAUUUUUUUUUUUAUUAUUUAAUUUUUUCAAAUAUAUCUUUUUAAAUGUUGUGGAACUUCUUUGUUCCCGCUGCACUGAUGACACGACGUGAGCAGCGGGUGAAUCGUCACAGAGGAGGUGAGAGGAGCGCCAUCGUCACUUCAACAACUACCUGCCGGAGGAAUCAUCCAGAUGUGAGCGCGUCAUAUCAGCACUCUCCAGAGGAGCGAAUGUUCAAAGCUACUGUAUAUAAAGAACUAUGUAUUAAUAAGUAUAUUUCUGCAGCAGACUUAUGGAAGGAAAGAUAUGAAAAGAAAAAAAAAAGUUUUGCAAAAUAUCCUAAUCCUUUUCUGGCGUCAUUUCUGUCGGUGGUUCAGCUUAUAAAAUGCUCUUGGACUCAAGUCUUCAAAACACAGAUUAGCAAAAGCUUCUUAUGAUAUUGAGCACUAUUGAGAACGGCAGUGUGAUGACUCCACUAACACUCGAGUCCACACUCAGGUUGUAAUAAUUUAAGGUUGCCGGCAGCAUUGAAAUUGUAAAUAGGAUAUUUAUUUUCUGUCAAAUGUGUGUGUGUGUGUGUGGGGGGGGUACGGAACCAAAGACAGACAGUAUGUAUCACUUCAUUAAUAUCUGCUGAAGUGUGAAAGAGAGAGUGGAUCAGUGGGGUUUAAUAUCGCGAUGUGAGUCACUGCCAGAGAGUUUUUGGAUGAAUCUUCUUUAACAUUUGAUGAAAAUGAAAACCUGAUAUGAGUUUCUCUGUAUCAAGAACAUGAUUAGGAAGCUCCACUAGUCCUGUGUCCUCCUUAACACUAAACUAGUUGAAAACAUUGUGGACAAGGUCACCUUAGUUUUUACAUUUCAUUCAGCCAGUCACAAUGUAUCAAGCUGUAUCUCCUCCACUUUCAAGUCACACAAAAGCCUAUUUACAAAUCACCUGGCUCUUUAAAGCAUAUUUAUCUAUUUUAUUAUUUAUGUAUUAUGACAGUGAUCUGCUUUACAAUUUAUUCUGCGUUAUUGUCAUUACACUGGAGCGUUUGCUUGAUUUGCUUCUUUCUUUUUCCAUUUAUCAAAUGACGUUAAGUUUAAAGCGCAGUGAUGUUGAAAGAAACGACUGUCUGCGUGUUUGACACAGCAGAACGUAGCGAUGGUGGUUUUUGUAUUGUUUUGGAGACAAUUGAGAAAUUCAAUUAAAUACAAUUGUAUUUGUAUAGAGUCAAAUCACAACGUACAUAGGGCAAGAUUUAAUGUGGGGAAUCGGAAGUGCUACAGUUGAUGUGAAGUGUACAUUAUGAAUAUGAAGAUGUAUUCGAGACAAACCUUUAUUUUUAUACCGUCACGUGCAAGGGCACAUGAGCAGAAUUCAUAAACAGUAUAAACUGUAAAUGCUGAUAGUUUUCAGUGACUGGUGAACAUGAUGGAUUGUAGAGCUGCAGUUUAUACAGUAGGCCUCAACUGUGGUCAUGAAUGUGCCGUGUGUACUCCUGUCCUCCAUACUUGUGUUCAUGGAAAAUGCUUUGUAUAAUAUUUUUCAUUAAAUUACAAACGAUCAGG